AUGGUCCUUUUUUUUGUUUUCGUCGUGGCCCAUGGUACCGGGAACCCUAACAUCUCCGAACACGGAAGCUUUCCCUGGGCGGGCUAUCACGUGACUAGGGCGGAAACAGGCGGCAGAAAGCACGACUUGACCCCACCUUCCAACAACGUGACUCACUCUGCGAAUCUUUCUGGUAGCAACUUCGAUCAUCGUCGUCUACUAAAACUAAGUCGCUGGAAGGCCGGUCUGAUAGCGGUGAUCAUGAAGACUACCGAGCCAAUUUUGCCUUUACCAGGCAAGCGCAACAUCCUCAUCACGAGCGCCCUGCCCUACGUGAAUAAUGUCCCACAUCUUGGCAAUGUGGUGGGGAGCGUGCUUCCUGCAGACACAUUUGCUCGCUUCUGCAAAGCUCGAGGCCUCCAGACACUGUUCAUUUGCGGCUCUGUUCGUUAUACCUCACUGCCUAAUUGGGUAUAUGAAUUAACUUUGACGUCUUCGGGCGAACCCCCAACUCCUCAACAGACAGCAAUAGUCCAAGAAGUCUUUCGUGGGCUCUGGGAAAACGGUUUCAUCGAGGAGCGAGAGACCACGCAGCCUUACUGUCCCGUCGAAACCCACUCGACCUUCCUCGCCGACCGCUUCGUUGAGGGCGAAUGCAGCAUAUGUCACGAUCCCGGUGCCCGCGGAGAUCAGUGCGACAAAUGUGGCAAUCUUCUAGACCCGUUAGAACCCGACUCGACGGACAAUGGCGAGACCCAGGAGGAUGAUGUGGUCAAAGCCACCGGCUGGUUAUUGAAUCCCCGCUGCAAGCUCGACGGUGCGACUCCAGAAAAGCGGAAGACAAAACAUCUCUACUUGCGCUUGGACGCGCUGAGAGACAAGAUCGUGCCCUGGUUCGACAAGGCUAGCAAAGAAGGUGACUGGAGUACAAACUGUAUUUCAAUCACACAAUCAUGGAUUGACAAAGGCUUGAAGCCUCGUGCGAUCACGCGGGAUCUUCGAUGGGGUGUGCCGAUUCCGAAGGGUAUACAAGGCUUAAACGACGAAGACUACAAGAAUAAAGUCUUUUAUGUCUGGUUUGAUGCCUGCAUUGGAUACAUGUCCAUCACGAAGACCUACACUGAUGGAGAUGACCUCUCAGGCAAGAAGUGGGAGCAAUGGUGGAAGAACCCCAAGGAAGUUUCCCUGUACCAGUUCAUGGGCAAGGAUAACGUGCCGUUCCAUACCAUCAUCUUCCCAGGCUCUCAGCUCGGAACAGGAGACAAUUGGACUCAAGUAUACAAACUCUCGGCCGCAGAGUAUCUGAACUAUGAGGGCGGAAAGUUCAGCAAGUCAAAAGGGGUUGGUGUGUUUGGCAAUAAUGCCAAGGAUAUUGGUGUCGAUCCUGAUAUCUGGAGAUAUUAUCUGCUAUCGAGGCGUCCAGAGAGCAAUGACUCCGAGUUCAAGUGGGAGGAGUUUGUUAAUGCAAACAACAACGAUCUGCUCAAAAAUCUUGGCAACCUAGUCCAGAGAGUUAUCAAGUUUUGCCAGUCAAAGAUGGGAGGCGUUGUUCCUGAGUACGGGAAAUAUUCUGACGCUCUCCUUGAGGACCACAAGAAGCAGGUAGACACCUUGCUGAAAGCCUAUAUCGAACAUCUUGAGGCUAUCAAGUUACGAGCGGGCUUAGCAGACGUUCUUCACAUCUCAGCCCUAGGCAACAAACUUCUACAAGACAAUAAACUUGACAAUCGCCUAUUUACUGAAGAACCAGAUCGCUGCGCUGCCGUUAUUGGUCUGGCUCUUAACCAUCUACAUCUUCUAGCCAGCGUUCUAUCCCCAUACAUGCCCGGUACCGCCGAGUCUAUAUUCCAGCAACUCGGGGUAGAGCCUGUGCCACGUAUCCCUGACACUUGGGAAGUGGAUGCUCUCAAGCCAGGCCAUGUCAUCGGAGAACCGAAAUUGUUGUUCACGAGGAUUCCCACCGAAAAGAUCGAGGAGUGGCGCGAAGCAUAUGGCGGAGAGGAGCUGCGGAGACUGAAGGCUCUUGAGGCCGAGAAGGCUGCAGCAAAGAAAGCUGCUAAGGAGAAGGAAAAGGAGAAGAAGAGGCUGAAGAAGGAGGCUGCCGCUGCCGCCGCUGCUCUAGAGGAAAAGCUAAAGAUAGAAGAUCAGAGAGGAGAGGCUAAAGAAAAGCCAUGA